AUUACCUGUCCAAAAUACAUCGAAAGCCUGAAUAGACAUCACGAGGAUAGAAAACGGGAAGAUUUUGUAUUAUUUUUCCACAUUGUAUUUGAACUCCACGAACUGAAAUCUGCAUGAUGGACUUCAGGAGUAAGACAGUGCGAUUUUUGAUCGGGUUUCUCGCCGUUAUGAUCGCCGGCCCGAUCGGGGUGCAAUCUGGAUGCUGCUGCCCCUCACUCUGGACUUCGUUUGGUCAACAUUGUUACAGAUAUUUUUCUUACAAUAUGACAUGGGAACGAGCUGAACAGUUUUGUCGUGGGUUUUCAGUACCUUCUCUCGGAAGUGGUGACCCGGAUAUGGAUAGUCUAGGUCACCUUGUCUCUAUUCACUCUCAAGCGGAAAACGACUUCGUUUUUACACUUUUCAAAUCUUCAGCCCCAAAAGAGGGAAGCAAGUACAUGUGGAUUGGUCUUCACGAUGCCACGUUAGAUGGCAGCCAUGCUUGGGUAGACGGCACGGACAUUAGAUACACCAACUGGAUCCCGGGCCAGCCUGAUAAUGUCGGGCGCGAAGACUGUAGUGAGAUAGUGAAUACGCGAAGUGGUGAUUGGAACGACGUGAGAUGCACAUUCACCCGUGCGAGUUGCUUCAUCUGUAAGCUACCAUCGUGGUAUUAAAAUCAGUGGCGUGGUGGGCCAUAUAUUUUCAAAUAGUUUACGAAUAGUAUAUCCUUAUUCAUUUUAUUAUGAAAGAGUUCUUAAUAUCUACAACUAUUUGAUAUAACUUUUGAGUUGUAUAUCUUCAAGUUUAAAUGAAAAUGACACUAAAAUGGCCUCAGAUCAGUAGCGUACCAAGGAUUUUCCACACGGGGGAUAAAACCGCCCGCCGAAAAAGUC